AUGUUUUAUGAAGAAUUUCAUAUAAAAUUUGAUUUUAAGGAUCAUCAAGCUUUACGUUAUUUCUUUAAUAAGGAAUAUGGAUUACCAAUAAGUUAUCGAGAUCAGAAACUUUUCGGAGGUUAUUCAUUAGAUAUCCAUGAAAAAAACACAAUUUAUAGAUCUAUUAUGGACGAUGACAAAGAUUCAUUUAUUGUAUUCAUUGAAAGUGAAUCAUUUGAUAGAGAUCAAAAACUCAAACAUGAUUUAUAUCCACAUUCAGAUGAAGGACUUUCAUAUCUUGAAUUAUGUUGUUAUCACGGAGCUGUUAAUUGUUUUAAGUUAUUAAGAACAAAAUUCGACUCAGAAAUAACUCCACAAUGCCUUCAAUUUUCAUUUUUAAGUGGAAAACCUGACAUUUUGAAUGAAUGUUUGAAAUUCCAAGUUCCUGAUCAAGAAUGCAUGGAAUAUGCAAUUAUAUCAUUCAAUAUUGAUUUUGUGACUUUUUUGAAUACAGAAUAUGAAUUGGAAAUUGAUUUGAAUAUUUGUAGGUUAUGGAGAAAUUUUCAGGCUUUCUUUAUUCAUCUUGAUAUUUCAAAUGACAUUGAAAACUGCUUUGUUGUUAGUACCAUUUUCAGCCCUUCGCUUUUGGAAUAUUUUAUUUCACAAGGAGUUGAUGUUAAUGCAACAGACAAUAAAUUGCAUCGAACAGCUCUUAAAAUGGCUGCAUUAACAGGUAACAAAGAGGCAAUCACACUUCUUGUUUCUCAUGGAGCAAAGAUUAAUUCAAUAGAUUUAAAUGGAGGUUCUAUUCUUGAUUAUGUAGCACCAUCAUGUGACAAAGAAUUGAUUGAAUUUUUUAUUGAAAAUGGUGCAGAUAUUACUUCUACCAAUCUUCAUUCUGCCGCUAACUCAAAUAAUUACGUAUGUGCAGAAAUUCUUAUUUCGCAUGGUGUUAAUGUUAAUUCAAAAAAUAAUGAUGGAUCUUCUCCACUAAUUAUUGCAGCGAAACAUGGUUAUGUGGAAAUAGUAAAAUUACUACUGUCACAUGGCGCUUUCAUUAAUGAAACAGACAAUGAAGGGAAGACUGCACUAUAUUUGGCAUUAAGACAUAAUUCAAUUGAUAUUGUAAAGCUUUUAAUUUCACAUGGAGCCGAUGUUAAUAUUAAAAAUAAUAUAGGGCUCAGUCCAUUAAUGACAGCAAUAUACCAAAACUGUUUUGAAAUAGCAGAAUUACUUUUAUCACAUGGUGCUAAUAUAAAUGAUAAAGAAAUUCAUGGAUACUCCGCUCUGCAUUUUGCGACAUACAAGAAUAAUUUGGAUCAAGCAAAAUUCCUUGUAAUGCAUCAUAUAGACAUAAAUGCAGAAGAUAAUACUGGCCAUAAUGCCCUUGAUUAUGCAUAUAUUGCAAAUUUCAAAGAGAUGAUAUUACUUCUUGAGCAAUACGGCGGUCAACGUACUGUAAUGUUAGAAACCAAUGUUUAA